CCCUUCAAAGAGGUCAAACACAAUGCUCUUUUACUCAAUGAGGACGAAGAGGAACUGGUAUCGCAUAUCUGUGAAGACUAUGGUGUCUCCAUGAUCGAAGCUGAUUUCACUUGGCAUUCCAACGCUGUCAAUUAUUCCCGCGACCCUACACAACUCCUAUUACAAUAUGCCUGGAAUCAAUGUCCCAACCCUAGAGAAUUACCUUCCGCUUGGUUAGAAGCACAACUCUCUCAAACUGAAUUUCAAGGUCAAAUGUAUCCUGAAAAGACACCCAACGGUAUCGAUCUUUGUGUUUAUUUUUAUGAUGGUCCAGCUCAUGAUGAUCGUACCAACCAAGAUUUAAAUACCUUGUGCAUACUACGGAAAUUAGGU